UUUUGACAAUCUACAUGCCAUUAUCACGGCAGAGAAAAUAUUUUUCGUUCGUUUUGUGUUUUCUAAAAUUUUGCUUUUCGCAAUAGUUUUCUAUGUUGCUAGACUGUAAUCUAUUCAAAUUAUCGCAUUACAACCAAUCAGAAUGUCAACAAUAGAAUUGUAUUAUUUUUUUAAUGCUCGUCCUCAGUUCUGUAACGAGAACACAUUCUAGUUAUGUAGAGGAAAGGACAUAGGAGAAGUGAUUAAUUCAAUUUGUGAAGUUAUUAGUAAUAUAAAAUUGACCAACUUAUAAACUCAUUAUCUUACUUAACGAGGUAUCGAAUGUUAUCACUAAAGUCCAACGUAAUAAAAUGUCAAGAAGCCCACCCAGCUUCAUGGACGGGGUCCCGGUGAAGAUAUCGGAGAGUUUUAAACCUCCUCCGAAAAUUAGCCUUCCACAAAGUGUGACCAAUCGAUUAGCUCAAUUUGAAAAUGGUGCUGACAGUGUUCGAUAUUCUCACACUUAUGAUUUUAUGCUAGAAGAAACGGUAUUAAAACGGAUUACCGAAUGGCGUGCUGCAAAGGAAAAAGAGCGAUACGAAAGAGAAGAGCGACUUAGAUUGAAAGAACAAGAACGGAUACGUUUUAUUGAAGAAGAGCAAAAGCGUAAGUUGAAUCAAAUUUCGUAUCCUAAUACAGAUGACUUAUCGAGUGCAAGCGAUGAAGAAGAACAUUCGGAAGAAAAUGAUGAUUCGAAUCCGUCAGGAUCAUCCGAAGAACAUGUUCAAACGGUUGUGGCUGGUCAACAUAGGCAGAUGACCAAUUUUGAUUCUAUUCUGAUUCCCACGGUACUCCCAGAUAUGUCCGUAACAAAAACUAGUGACAAAACGAUUGAUCUUAAUUCACACAUUAGUUAUAGCAUUCCAAAAAAGACCAGUCUUAUUAACAACAACAAUAACAACAGCAGCAGUGGAUAUAAUAAAAUAAAUUAUUCGGAUUUUGAAAACGAUACAUCAAGUCCGUUUGAUAACAUGGAGUUGAAAACAAUAAACGAUUUGGAUAUAUUGGCACAGGUACUAAAUUUAAACGUUUCCGAUUCUUGUCCAGAAAUGAAAACUGAAGAAGCUGUCAAAAAUGAAAUAGAAAUCAUGGACCGAAAGGUACACGUUCCUGAACCGAAGGCAACAAUAGCAGAGCGUCCACAGUUAAACUAUGAUCAACAAGCACACUAUCAGCAUGUAGCCUAUCCUACACCAUUACAGCAACAGCAAACGUCCUCGUCGAAUGAUUACUAUAGUGCGUUGAAUAGUUACCACUACACAUAUGGGCAAUAUGGUCAAUCUUCAAUUGUCCCUUCCGUUUGUUACGCACCUACAACAGUCAAUAGAACGUUGCUCAAUCAAUACCAGACAGUUACUAAUACUUCCUAUCAGUCAGGGCCACAGUCGCAAUAUCAACCCUACACUCAGAGCAGCGGAUCCCCAGCAGCAUAUAACUAUUACCCCUAUACCAGUUUAUCAGUAAGCUCUGCAUCCCAGCCUACGUAUGCUCCUUCGUUUCUUUACAACGCAUAUGCCCAACAAGUUUCAUCUGGUGGGAGCUACAGCUAUGCAAUGCAACCAAAGACAGAUGUGACAGUUUCAACUGCAUCAAUAGCUUAUGGUGCUGGUAAUGUCAGUGAGCAUCCAACAGAUGCAUCGAGUUCAGCGGCAACGGCUAUGAGUAAAUCGAAAUCCAAAAGCGUGCCCGAUAUCGUGCGUCAAUUGGAUGAAGAGGUGAAGGAUUCUGCCCAGCGAAGAACAAGAAACAACAGCCAAUCGAUUGAUGUACAGAAACAGGAUAGUGGAAUAAAAUCGGAAAAAUCAUCUACCGUAACACCAAUGGAGCAAGAUUUCACAGUUUAUAACCAGCUCUCGUUAGCGGAGCAAAACCUAGUCAAAAGUAUAGGUUCAAUGGGUUUUCCGUUGGAACGUGUUGCAGCUGUACUAAAGCGAAUAGGUAGCGAUGAUAAAAAGAUUGUGGAGCACCUAAUACCGUUGAGUGAGCUGCUGGAUCUUGGUUUUGAGGAAGCGAAAAUAUCAGAGGCGUUACUCAAGUUUGAAAAUAACAAACACAAAGCGUUGGAUUAUCUAAUAUCGUAGUAUCUGAUUAUCUUAGCACUCCGAAUGCUGUGCACAUAGAAAACGCAUGUACGAAAUUAACCUUGCCGAAAAAUCCAAAUAAUUGCAAAAUUAUAAUAUAAAAUGCUUGGCUUUGCUUUGUUGAUGGCUUAGUCGCGAAUAAAAUCUAUAAAGAAAAAAAUCUUUAAAAAUUGCGACAUUUCAAUAACGGAUCUGAAAGCCGUAAUAUGUAAUUAGUUCACUUUACAUUAUAUAUUAUUACCGCGGAUAUUUUUUGUUACGGUCAGUGAUGCUUGGUUUGAGAAAAAUAAAUAUCUAGCUAUUUUUGUAUAUACUAUUCUCAAUUUCUGAAGCGUGAAAUAUUAGGUGUAUACGCAAAAGAAAAAUUAUCAGAAAAUAUGACCUUUUUCAAUUUCA